AAAAAAACUGUGUGUGCUGCAAAUGGUCAACAUCAACUUUUGUGAACAGGUGUUCUGUAUGCUGUCUGACACACACAGCCUACCUAAAAGCUAGUAACUAGCUAGCUCAUUACUGCCAGGCUCCAGCUACACCGAGGAAAUACAACACAAUUAUCAUAGAAACAGCUGACGGUUGAUGGCAUUUUAUUGGAAAGUGUCAUACCACAUACUGAAUGUUCAUGAUGUCUGAACGUUUAGAAGAAAAUUGAUGUUCAGAAGAGGUUUUGAUUCCAGUGGAAUUUGUCAGAUCUUUUGCAUCACUUUGUUUUGAAAAUAAAACACCCUACGUGGCAACGCACCAACACACUGAAGGAUCGACCUUUAUUUGAAAGGGAAGUCAUUUGUCGAAGCCACAGUGCUUCCCCUAGAGACCUCUGUGGGUUACAAUGCCUGUGCAAGCGCCGCAAUGGACGGAAUUCCUGCUGUGUCCCAUCUGCACCCAGUUGUUUGAGGAGAGUGUCCGCAAGCCCAUCAGCCUGGGCUGUGGACACACCGUCUGCAAAAUGUGCCUGAACAAGCUGCACCGCAAGGCCUGCCCCUUUGACCAGACAGCCAUCGCCACCGACAUCGAGCUGCUGCCUCUCAACACUGCCCUACUGCAGCUGGUGGGAGGACAGGUGCCCAAACGGCAGCCUACCACCUUGCUGACGGGGCCAGAGGACAUAGCCCACUAUGAGGAAGCCAGUGAUUGUGUGGAGGAGCUGGCUCUGUACCUGAAACCCCUGAGCAACAGCAGAGGUGUAGGGUUGAGCACCAGCAGUGCACAAAGCUCUCUGAGUCGGCCCAUGCAGAGGAAGCUGGUGACCCUGGUGCACUGUCAGCUGGUGGAGGAGGAGGGCCGGGUCAGGGCCACACGGGCGGCCAGGUCCCUGGGAGAGCGCACUGUCACUGAGCUCAUUCUGCAGCACCAGAACCCCCAGCAGCUCUCCUCCAACCUGUGGGCUGCAGUCAGGGCAAGGGGCUGCCAGUUUCUCGGCCCAGCGAUGCAGGAGGAGGCUCUGAAGCUAGUGCUGCUGGCUCUAGAGGAUGGCUCCGCUCUGUCCAGGAAGGUCUUGGUGCUGUUUGUGGUUCAAAGGUUAGAGCCACGCUUCCCCCAGGCCUCCAAGACCAGCAUAGGCCACGUGGUGCAGCUCCUCUACAGGGCCUCCUGCUUUAAGGUGACCAAGCGUGAUGAGGACUCGUCCCUGAUGCAGCUGAAGGAGGAGUUCCGGACAUACGAGGCGCUGCGGCGCGAACAUGACUCCCAGAUUGUCCAGAUCGCCAUGGAGGGUGGCCUCCGCAUCGCCCCUGACCAGUGGUCCUCUCUGCUCUAUGGGGACCAGUCGCACAAGUCCCACAUGCAGUCCAUCAUCGACAAGUUGCAGACGCCAGCGUCGUUUGCUCAGAGCGUUCAGGAGCUGACCAUUGCCCUGCAGAGGACAGGCGACCCGGCCAACCUGAACCGUCUGCGACCACACCUGGAGCUGCUUGCCAAUAUCGACCCCAGCCCAGACUCCCCUCCCCCCACGUGGGAGCUGCUGGACACGGGCUUGGUGGCGGUGAAAACGGUGGUGCAUGGCCUGGUGGACUUCAUCCAGAACCACAGCAAGAAGGGGAGCGACCCGCAACAGCCUCCCCAGCACAGUAAAUACAAGACGUACAUGUGUCGGGACAUGAAGCAGAAGGGGGGCUGUCCUCGAGGAGCCAGCUGCACCUUCGCCCACUCUCAGGACGAGCUAGAGAAGUAUCGUAAGAUGAACAAGCGUCUGGCUGCCCGCCGGCCCCUCAGCCUAUCCCUGACGCAGCUCAACGAGGUGGGCCUAUUGCCCGAGGAGGUGGGGAUGCUGGAGGGGCUGGCCCACAAGGGCCUGACCAAUGGCAUGGUGGCGUCAGUCACAGGCUCCGCCAUGCCCCAGCUCAUCUCCCGCGGUGCCGACCCCUCCUACGAGGCCAUUAUGCGGAAGCCCCAGUCCCAGGGAAGCCACAGUGCACCCGGCUCGCCCCCUGACUUACUGGACCCUGUGCCCAAUCGGUCCAUGGCCCACCCCAGGAUGGCAGUGGACCACCUGGCCAUGCACAAGCAGGUGCCCAGGGGGCCCCCCAUGUACCCCUCACAGCAGGGUGAACAUUUCUGCCCCCCCGAGCCCAGGGCACCGCCAUCAGCCCUGCAGUACGAGUCCUCCCAGUACCCCCCAGGUAACCCCCCCUACCCUUACCAGUCCUCCCAGUACCUUCCCCAGCCCCGCUACGUCCCAAACCUCCCUCCCCCUAACGACCCGGCCAUGCCCACCUACCCGGAGUCCUCCUACCCCGGUACCUACCCACAGGAGCGUGACUGUCCCCCUCCCCCCCAGCCCUCGGGUCCCCACUUCUCCAACGCCAACCCCCAUGGGUACCCACCUCCCCCUCAUUACGACGGCCGUCGACACCCCUCCUACCCCCCGCCACAAACCUAUCCCCACCGCGAGGAACCCUCCUCUAUGCCUGCGGACGAGGCCUCCAGAGAAAGAUACCCUCCCGAGGGUUACCACCCCCCUGGCCCCCACCCCGGCCACAUGAGGCCCUACGCCACAAGGGAGGAUUACAGUCGGCCCCAGCCCACUCCCACUUUGGACUACCUGCACCGCCGACGCCAGGAGAUCAUGGCCCAGUUGGAGGACAGGAAGCAGGUCACUCCCCCACCCUUCGCCCCCUCGCCCACGCUGCCACACACCUACGAGUCCAACUACACACAGGAGCAACAGCAGUACAUGGAGAACUCCCAAACGUUUGCAAAGUAUCGUGAGCCAGACUACGCUAGCCAGUACUCUCCUUGGUCAUGUGACACCAUUGGCUCCUACAUUGGCAGCAAGGAGGGGAAGUCUAAAGACAGCAUGGAGAGGAUGAAUGCUGAGGGGAAAGGUGUGGAGGGCCAGCGCAGGUCGGCCGAGGCCAGAGACGACGACCCUAUCAUACCUUUCGGCUCCCUGCCCACUGUUUCGCGAUUCGGGGUGAUCUCCCGCACCCCCAAGACGGGCUACCAGAUGGCCGGGCCAGGGCAGGCCAUGACCCCCCCACAGGGGACCAACAGACACAAACACACCGCUGCAACAGCGGACUACCCCUAUGGGAACGGUGCAGGAUGGGGUGGUGCCCCGUACACCCAGCCCCCUCAGGCCCACCUCAGUGAAAGGCCAUUCCAGGAGAGGGAGCAGCUGACGAUGGAGCUCCAGCAGGUCAAUCAGCAGAUCAACAAGCAGACUGCCCAGGCAGCCCAGCCCAGCCCGGGGGAGUGGUCGUCGGGGAGCGUCUCCAGCCAACAGCUGAGCCUGGAGCUCCACCAUGUGGAGAGGGAGAUCGGCAAGAGGACCCGCCAGAUAGCCCUGGAGAACCAUGUAUCUCAUGAUGGGAGCGGGGCGUACAAGCUGAAGCCCACUGAGAAUGGGCAGGCUGAGAACAAAAUGCAGAGAGAGGAGCACUCGUUGGUUCUCAGUGAGGGCUGUAACGGUUCCAGUGGUGUCCUGCUGGACGGCAGUGCGGCCAGCAGCAGUUUGUCCUGCCUGACCAUCAAGACCUCAUCCCUCAGCCUGUCCGCAGACCUCCCCACCACCUGGGGAACCGACCGACAGGAGAACAGCGUGGUCCACCCGUGCUCCUAGCCACACAACUGGAGUCUGGUACAACAACCACUACUACAACCAACCAAUCAGUUAACCACACAGAGCCUUGGGGAACCCCUCAUCCUCUGAAUGCUAAAACCUUUCUACCAUUUUGAGUGGAACACACAACCAGGUCCUCCAAACUGUCUUUUAUGCCCUACCUAAAUCCACAUUUGCAAAAUCUGAUUGUAGCCACUAAGAGCAUUUUAACUCCAUUACAAAACGUGUGGAGAGAGGCACAGUCUCUCUCCUCGCUUACAAUGGUGAGAGACCGUUCUAGGUUUCUUACAGGGAUUUGGGAUAUAAGGGCUAUGAAUAUCUAAGUAACUGAAAAAGCCACUGAUAUGCAAAUGUGGAUGUAGUGCCUGCAUAGACAACGGAGCUUCAUUUGAUACAACACAAAUUGCACACUUGCAACUUUAGUUUGUCUACAAUUAGCAGUAUCUGCCGUGAAUUUGAUAUUUUUUCUGUUCUGUGGAUGAACGUUGUUUUUUCAUAUA